ACACAACAAUCGGCACAUGAAAUUUUGAUUCAAGUAAAUACUUGCUAAAAUAUUCAUUUUUUUUGCGGUAAAUACCAAAACUAGUAAAGCCAAAAAAAUGCCUCUAAUUUGGGAUGACUCUAAAUGGAUGUGUGUAAAUGAUGAAGAACCAUACAAUAAAAGCCAAUUUGUUGUGGUGCGGAAACUUCAUAUCAAGCCUUCAUACCGAAAUAGGGACAAUGAAGAGUUUUCGGUUGAUCGAAUUCGGCGGCAACUUCGGAAAUUUGGUGAGAUUGAAUCGAUUGAACUGUUGCCCUACAAGGAACCAGAAGCUCAUGUGACAUUUGUCAACAGUCGCGUUGCUUAUACUGUGCAAAUGCAACAUCAAUGUAACAAGAUGAUGUGCAUAGAUCGGCCGUAUGAAAUAGAACCAGCCGAUACAUGGGAACAACCUCCAGAAAUUAUCAGUCAACAGCCUGAUCAUGAUAUGGAAGUCGAUGAGCAAACAUCAGAGAUAUUCAUGUUGAACGAAAAGUGUCUACUGUAUCUGUUCCAGUUCUUGGACCUCGAUUCACUCAUCAACAUGGCCGAUGUGUGCAAAAUGUUCAACCAAUUGCUUCAUCAGCACUGUUUUCCUCACAUUCAAAAGCACGAAGUGACCAAUGGUCCGGAAUUUAUACUGAGAAAGGUGCGUCGAACGUUGCUCUGCAUUGGUCAGCACAUCACUGAUUUAUCAUUUCGAGCCCAUUACGAUUACGUGAUAGAAGAAGGAGUAUGGUCUCAAUAUGUAGACCAUCGCUCAUCGAAAUUUCUAAGAGUAAUCGCACAGAAUGUGGGUCAGAAUGUUCGCCGAGCAUACUUUGAAUUCGGAUUCAAUAGUCACAGCCGUAUCAUGAAAAUCGCACCGAUUCUUCAAAAUUUGGAAUCGCUGGAAAUUGCGGAUAGAAGCUACGGAUCCAUAAAUGACAUCGAUUUGCCGGCGUUGUGCCCAAAUUUGAUCGAGUUGAAAAUGAAUGUGAAAAUGUCGAUGUUCGUUUGCUGCAAACCAUGGCAAAGCCUGCGAAUUCUUUCGGUGUUGUACAACCCUGAAUUGAAAGCAACGACGUUAAUAUCCAUUAUUGAACAAAACUCACAGCUCACGUGCUUAAAAUUUUCUAUGUGGAGAGGCUAUAUCUACAGUACAGAUCCCCCAUACGGUGUUCUUUUCACGGCUAUCACAAAACACUUAUCACGUCUCGAAAAAUUGACCAUUUUGAUUGAUAUAGGUAAUUUUCCUGGGUAUUUCCACAGCCUUGGAGAACUUCCAAUUCUGAGCGAACUCAAUUUGGUGGGUUUGAAAGAUAACGGUUUGAACAAUGUUAUCGACCAUUUACUAACGUUCACGAAUUUGCAAAAAAUCGGUUUACACGGCUGCGGUAUUAGAGACUCAGAAAUAGGAAGCUAUGGAGAAUCUUUGGUGAACUUGGCAAGAAAACUAUUACUUUUGGAAGAGCUACAACUGGAGUAUAUACCGAUGAAAGAAGAACAUUUCGUCAACAUCGUUCGCUUUGGCCGACAGUUGAAAGUGUUGUACGUUUACAGCUGUAAAUUAGUUUUCUCCGAUGAAUUGAUCUCCAAAUUGGUUGACGCACUGAAGUGCUAUCGACAAGAAUCUGACGAAGCUUUGCAGUUAUUCUUGCCUAAAGAGGACUUGGAUAAAUUGGAUUCUGACAAAAACAAAGAAAUUGAACGCUAUCUACAACUGCGCCUGAACAGACGAAACGCCUUGGACGCGAUUUUUUAUCUACGUUACGAUUUUUGAACAGAAAAAUAUUCAUAAACAAUUUGAUUGUAAAGUAAUUCAAUUUAUUCAUAAUUUACAACAAUUGUACACAGAAAAACCACCCAUUGAUCAUGAUUUGAUUUCAAUAAAAGUGAAAUAGACUUCAGUGAAUAUUACAAAUGUGAUUUGGUCUUUCCACUUGCAUCAAUCAAUAUUUAUAUCCAAAGAGUUUGAAGAACGAGAGCAAAAUAUUUAUCUUGUAAAGGGUGAAGCUUUUGUCACUGUGUUUGGUUUUAAGUUUUUACCUUUUCCAGCUUUGUAACCACAUUCGUUCAUAUAUUUCAACACAACUAUUUCUCUUCAAUGAGCAAAAACAACUGUCGUUUUGGUGUCGCUUGCUGCUUGCAUAUUUGGGAAAAGCUUGGACGGUAUACCGUCCGUUCAUUCACGGUGAUUCACUCCGAGUGAAAGCAAUAUAUGAUUUAUUCAAUUAAAAAUAUUCGUUCUAGUAAAAAAUAUUUUCCUGAGAUUUCUUCGCAAUAACACAUUUGAAUUUAUUUUUACGCCAUCUGAUGUCAUCUCAAGUCACAACUUUCAUCGGAAUCGUCUUGACGUUCAUUUGACAUUUCAACUAAAUCACUUCAUUGCACAACUCGUAAGCAAGCGGACCUUCAUAUUGAUAUCGACCAACAAGUAACAAAUAGUUUAUCUGGAAUUAUAUAGUUUUCUGUGGGUACAAAACUAAAAAAAAUGUCAUUCAUUUGGGACGAUUCGGGCUGGUUUCUGGUGGACGACGAAGAUUCAUAUGAUAAAAGUCGAUUUGUUGUAGCGCGAAAGCUUUGUGUGAAACCAUCUAACGAUAGACACACUUGUGCGGUACGUUUUGAAUUUACUUAACCUCAACUAUACGUAUUUCAAUUUCCUACUUUUGUUUCGUCCAAAAGACCAAAGAAGAUUUUUCACCCGAUCGAAUUCGUCAACACACUGAGCAAUUUGGUGAAAUCGAGUCGAUUGAAAUACUGCCUAACGAUGAGCCAGAAGCACAUGUAACUUUUGUCAGCAGCUACAGUGCAUAUUUAAUGUGUCUGCAACACCAGUAUGACAAAAUGAUCAACAAAAAGCAGCCGUUUGAAAUCCAACCAGCCGAAACAUGGAAACAACCAUCACAGAAUGUCAAUCCACCGUCUGAAUAUGAUAUGGAAGUUGAUGAUGAGCAAACAUCGGAAAUAUUCACACUGAACGAAGAUUGUCUGCUGCAUCUGUUCAAGUUCUUGAAUCUCGACUCCCUUGUCAAUAUGGCCUUCGUAUGCAAACUGUUCAAUCGAUUGCUUCGCCAACACUGUUUUCGACGCAUUCGAAAGUACGAAGUGAACAGUAACGAUUCGACCAUUACACUGGCCAAAGUGCGCCGAACGAUGCUUUGCAUUGGACAGCAUAUCACUGAUUUAUCAUACGUCGAUCAUGAUGAACGAUUUAAAUAUGUAUAUCAUCGUAUAUUUGUCAAAUAUGUAACGAAACAUUUGCAAGCAAUCGCACAGAAGGUGGGUCAAAACAUUCGUCGGGCCCAUUUGGAAUUUGAAUUUAAUGAAAAUCGUAUUGAGACAAUCGCACCAAUUCUUCGACAUUUAGAAUCAUUAGAAAUUAUAGAUCAUAGCAAAGAAUUCAGAAAUGACAUCGAUUUGAAGAAGUUGUGUCCAAAUUUGGUCGAAUUGAAAGUGGAUAUGCAUAUUCCGAUGAUUGCUUGCCGUAAACCAUGGCCAAGUCUACGGAGUCUUUCGGUGAAGAACAACGUCAAAUUGAGAAUAAAGACAUUAACAUCGAUUAUUCGGCACAAUCCACAGCUCACCUGCCUCAUAUAUGACCUCAGAAUCGGUCCUCCGUUGGUUUUCGCAAAAUAUUCACUAAGACUCGAAAGUCUAACGAUUUAUUGCUCAAACGGCGGAUCACCUUUUACUGGAAACUUCAACGGUUCAGCAGAAUUUCCACGGUUGUGUGAAAUCAAUUUGGUGCAUUUGGAAGCUAACAGUUUGGAAGGCACUAUUGAACGUCUAGCGACAUUUACAAAUUUACGCAAAAUCAGCUUACAUGGCUGUGGUACUCGUUAUGAUUUCCGUUCGGAAUUGGAAAACUGUGAACAGCCUUUGGUGAACUUAGCAAGAAAACUUUCAUUUUUGGAAGAGUUGCAGCUGGUGUGGAUCGCAGUGAAAGAAGAAACUUUAGUCAACAUCGUUCGCUUUGGCCGCCAGUUGAAAGUGUUGCACUUUGACAGCUGUAAAUUGGUUUUCUCCGAUGAAUUGAUCUUCAAGUUGGUUGACGCACUGAAGUGCUAUCGACAAGAAUUUAACGAGACUUUGCAGUUGUACUUGAAUAAAUGGUACUUCGAUAAAUUGGACGCAGUCAAAAACGAGGGAAUUGAACGCUAUCUGCAAUUAAAAUGCACCUAAUGUCGAAAGAAGACGACCAAACCUCAAAACCAGUAUUUCAUCAUUACCAAACAGUUCAGUGAAAGAAGCAAUAGUCAUAAAUAAUUUGAACGACUCACGACAUCAUCAGUCAUAUUGGAAAUAUUUUCAGUUUAACGUUUAUUUGUAUAACAAUUGAGAACAUAGAAGAAUCAAUAUAUUAGUGUACGUGCCAACGCAUUUUUACUUCAACCGAAGCUAAUUUUAAAUUUAAAAAAUCUAAAAAGUCUAAAAAUUAUAUUCAAGAAAGUUCAAAACAAAUGCUUAUGGUACCAUAAACUUUGUUACAGAAUCAAUCCUUCAAUCAUUUGCAACGCCACCUGACAUCAUAUCAGCGCAUUGACAAAGCCAUCAAUAUCGGUUUGGUGCUCACUUGACAUUUCAUUGCACAUUUCAUAAGCAAACGGAUCUGCGUGUUAGCAUCGACCGAAAGAAAUAUAAUUUUUUUUCGAAAAAUCACCUCAAAUUUAUUGGUUUUUCAAGUAUAGAACAUAAAAAUGCCGUUCAUUUGGGACGGUUUUGAAUGGAUGUUGGUGGACGAGGAAGAUCCAUAUGAUAAAAAUCGUUUUGUUGUGGUACAAAAACUUCGUGUUAGGCCGAUUCAGUCCGAUGUGGCCAAUGAAGGAUUUUCAAUUGAAUCGAUUCGUCGACACUUUCGGAAAUUUGGUGAGAUCGAGUCGAUUGAAAUGCUGCUCAUCAAUGAACCGGCAGCACAUGUGACAUUUGUCAGCGACCGCAGUCCAUGUUUUGUGCAAUCGCAGCAUGAAUUUGACAAGAAGAUGAACAAAGAACAACCGUACGAAAUAGAACCAGCCGACACAUGGGAACAACCAUCACAAACAGUCAAUCAACCGCCUGAAGAUGCAAUGGAAGUCGAUGAUGAGCAAACAUCGAAAAUAUUCACACUGAACGAAGAUUGUCUGCUGCAUUUGUUCAAGUUCUUGGAUCUCGACUCUCUUGUCAAUAUGGCCUACGUGUGCAAAAUGUUCAACCGAUUGCUGCGUCAGCACUGUUUUCCUCGCAUUCGAAAGUACAAAGUGGACAAUAGCAAUCCAACGGACACGCUGGCCAAAUUACGUCGAACGAUGCUUUGCAUUGGGUCGUAUAUCACAGAUUUAUCAUACGUGGCUCAUUAUGAUUUCAAGAAAAACCAAUUUGAAGAAGUCAUUUAGAAUUUGAAUUGAAUGAAAACCGUAUUGAGACAAUUGCACCGAUUCUUCGGAAUUUGGAAUCGCUGGACAUUGGCAAUCGGAGUAAUGUAUCCAGCUAUGACAUCGAUUUUCCGGCGUUGUGUCCGAAUUUGAUCGAGUUGAAAGUGGAUAUGCAUAUUCCGAUGAUUGCUUGCCGUAAACCAUGGCCAAGUCUACGGAGUCUUUCGGUGAAAAACAACGACAAAUUUGGAAUAAGGACGUUAAGAUCGAUUAUUCGACACAAUGAUGACUUGUCUCGGAUAUGGGCACAGAACCACCGUUCCGUUGGCUUUUGCAAAACCACCGAGACUCGAAAUACUAACGAUUUAUUGUUCGAGCGGCGGAUUACCUUUUACCGAAAACUUCAACGGUUCAACAGAACUUCCACAGUUGCACGAAAUCAGUUUGCUGAAUAUGCAAGCUGACAGUUUGGAAGGCACUAUUGAUCGUCUAGCGACGUUUACAAAUUUACGUAAAAUCAGCUUACAUGGCCGUACUUACUAUGGCAUCUGCUCGGAUUCGGAAAACUAUGGACAGUCUUUAGUGAAUUUGGCAAGAAAACUUUCACUUUUUGAAGAGUUGCAGCUGGUGUGGAUAGCAAUGAAAGAAGAAACUUUAGUCAACAUCGUUCGCUUUGGCCGCCAGUUAAAAGUGUUGCACGUUGACAGCUGUGAAUUGGUUUUCUCCGAUGAAUUGAUCUUUAAGUUGGUUGACGCACUGAAGUGCUAUCGACAAGAAUCCAACGAGGCUUUGCAGUUGUACUUAGAUAAAUGGAAUUUCGAUAAAUUGGAUGUGGUCAAAAGCAACGAAAUUGAACGCUAUCUGCAAUUAAAAUGCGCCUAACGCCAAAACCAGACGAUCACACCUUGAAACCUGUAUUUCAUCAUUAGCGAAAAGUUGAGAAAAAGUGAACGUUAUUAAUUUCAGAUUUAUUCUUCACUAGCUGCCUUUGCAAAAGAAAUAUUGAUAAAAACCUUUACCAUCUUACCAGUUAGUUUAAAUUUUAUGUGUGCAAAAAGCCUAAUUGAACAUGACAAAAGUCAAUUGCUU